UUAUAUAUGGUGUGGUCGUACGAAUAAGGCCUCCAUUACCAAAAUGUUCUUGGCCAUGACUUUUAGCCAUACAGUUGAUCAAAAAUGAUCUUAGCCAUGACUUUGACUAAAAUGGUCUUAAUUGAUCAAAAAGAAAAAAAAAAAGUCUUUCAUUGACUAAAAUGCAGCUCAUGGCUUUUAGGUUUUAGCCAUACAGUUUUUUCACAUUAUAGUGUCUCUUGAUCAUUUAUGAAUCUUAGACACCAAAAAAUAAAAAUCUAGAGGCCCGUAUGAAGAAAUCAUCUGGGCGCAGUGAUCACGUGGUGAAGCACAGCAAUGCUGGCGCAGCGUCUUUUUCUAGCUCGUCAUCUGAAGAUCUCUCGGUUUCGAAUUCUUCUGUGUGGAGUGUUCUGAUGACGCGCUCUAAGGAGUUCCCAGAUCGAAUCAGUUUGCGCAACUUUAGAGUUGAAUAUGGAAACCCGUACGAUUUGGCUAUUCCUGUUGACGCCUGGGAAGCUUUCAAGUUGAAGAUUGAUAAGCGUCCAGUUCAGGAUUUGAAUGAAGCGAGGCUUCUCGAGUCUGUGGAUACAAACGAGGGUGGUGGCCCCUCUAGCAGUAGCGGAGAAAAUCCACUUGGGUCAAUUGAUCCACCUGCCAACACCCUGGCUCCGGCACUGCCCUUUAGCACAGUAUUCGAUACUUCACCCAUCUAUUCUUCCGGAUUUGUCAUCACGUCUUGGCUGAAGGGUGAACUUCUGGGACAAGGAUCGUUUGGCUUCGUGUAUGAAGGCAUUUCAAGUGAUGGGGACUUCUUUGCUGUCAAGGAAGUUUCACUACUUGACCAGGGAAGUCAUGCACAAGAGUGCAUACAACAGGUAGAAAAGGAGAUUGCAUUACUAAGUCAGCUUCAGCAUCAGCAUAUCGUGAGAUAUCGUGGCACAGCCAAGGAUGGGUCGAAUUUGUACAUAUUUCUUGAGCUUGUAUCCCAAGGUUCCCUUCUAAAACUUUACCGAAGAUACCCGCUCCCGAACUCUGUAGUGUCCACGUACACAAGACAAAUCCUUGAUGGCUUGAAAUAUCUCCAUGGAGAGGGUUUUAUCCACCGGGACAUCAAAUGUGCAAAUGUAUUGGUGGAUACCACCGGAGCUGUUAAGCUUGCUGAUUUUGGAUUGGCAAAGGUGUCAAAACUGAACGACAUUAAGUUAUACAGGGGGGAUCCAUUCUGGAUGGCUCCAGAGGUUAUUAACCCGAAGCGUACUGACGGGUAUGGAAGUUCAGCUGAUAUAUGGAGCCUUGGGUGCACAGUGCUAGAAAUGCUGACUCGUAAGUUCCCCUACUUCGAUCCAGAAAACCCCUAUCAAGCUCCGUAUAGGAUCGGAAAGGGUGAGCUUCCGGACAUACCUGAUACAUUAUCACUAGACGCUAGAGAUUUUAUAAUUAGAUGUCUCAGAGUGAACCCGAAAGAGCGGCCAACUGCGGCUGAGCUGCUGAACCAUCCGUUUGCUUCGCCAUAGAUGAGGCUAACUUGGUAGAUUGUCUACAUUGGUGAAGCUCCAUUGGUUUAAACGAGAAUAUAUAUCUAUCAGAAUCAAGAACUGUAGAUUCUAAAAUUGAUGUCUUAAAUGUAUGUGAGCAGGCUAUGCAGAAUAUUUGUGUAAGAUGGAUGAUACUCUAGGCUUGUUCUUUUAUAACUAAAAAUCUGUACGGAAGUAACCGCAGCGUCCACUUAAUUAAUCUACCACCAUUAUUUUUAUUUAAUUUGAUGUCUAUUUCUGGUUGCGGACGCUGACGCAGCGCGUCUUUCUUACGAACAGGGCUAGAACUCACGUAUCCAGUUCAGCUGGGCAUCACGAGCUAGACUGCAAGCUAUUUAUGAUCUUUUCGAUGAAUGAAAUGAAGAAAUCAGAUACUCUGCGCUUCUCUUGUGUAUUGAUGACGUGGCUUCAGUGAUUUUGAGACCAUCCCACCAUGCUCUUCUUGAAGAAGAAGAAGGAGAUGGAUUUUCUAUAAACCUCGAGGGCUUCCCUUCUUCCGUUGUCCUGUCUUUGGGGGAUGCAAUGUAAUUA